AUGGGCAGUCGAGCUUUCUCCCAUGACAGUAUUUUUAUACCUGAUGGGAGAACAGAGAGCGAACAGACCGUCCAAGCAAUGUCACAGGAGAACGUUUUAGGAAAAGUCAAAACACUGCAGCAACAGUUGGCCAAGAAUAUAAAAUUUGGGCAGCCUCCACAAAUGACAAUUUCUGGGAGGACAAUGGGGGAGGCAAGUGCUAGUGUAGAAGAGGAUGUAUUGCUCAGUAGCCCCAUGGAGACUGACACUCAGCAGGACACAGUGCUCUCAGAGAGUGGCAAUAAAUCAACUGACGCUCCAGAUCUGUUGAGAACAAUGAAUUUGCCCAGAGCAGGACAUGAAGUGGAAGAAAAGGUCACUCCAGUCAGACCAUCUCGGCCAAAAAGACAAUUUUCCUGUUCUGGCACGAUUGAAACAAUCAAUCUGGAUGCAGUUCCCCAGGCUGUUGCUCGUCUAGACAACAGUGCAGCUAAACACAAGCUGUCAGUAAAGCCAAAAAAGCAGAGGAUGUCAAGAAAGCACAAGAGAUUAACAAAGGGAUCACAAAGUUUAACGAUAACAGAAUUUGAGCCAGAGGAUCUAGAAACUGAGCUGUAUGCAGACAGAUACCCCGGUUAUAAUGGCCACUUCACAGCAGACAAGCUAAUCCAGAACAGAGAUGAGCCAAAGCAGCUUCCACUGGCAGAGGAGAAAAGAAUUGAAGAUCACUGGGGGAUCCUUGAGGCGGAAAGGAUAAGGCAGAUUGUGGAAAUGGAAGAACAAAGGGAAAUGGAAGAACAAAGGUGCCAAGAGCGUGAGCAGAUGCAGAAAGAGCAGGAGAGGAGGGACUGUGAAGAGGAGAGUGGGCAGAAUCUCCUUGAAGGAGAGACGUCUUUGAAAACAGAAGAGCAAGCAUGCCAGGAAGAAGAGAGAAGACUGCUGGAGGCAGAAAAGAGGCAAGAGCUGGAGGAGCAGAGGCAGAAGGAGUUGGAAGAGCAACAGAGACAAGAGGUGGAGCAGCAGAAGCACAGGAAAUGGGACGAGCAAGAGAGAUGGAAGCUGGAAGAACAGAAGCACAGGGAAUGGGAUGAGCAACAGAGACAGGAGCUGGAGGAGCACAAACACCAGGAACAGGAGGAGCAAAAGAGACGAGAGCUGGAGGAACUUAAGCACCAGGAAGAGGAAGAGCAGAGCCAAGAGCUAGAGGAGCAGAAGUUCCAGGAACAGGAGGAGCAGAGAUGCCAGGAGUUGGAGGAGCAGAAGAGGCAAGAGCUAGAGGAGCAGGAGCACCAGGAAUGGGAAGAGCAGAGGCACAAGGAGCUGAAGGAGCAACAGAGACAAGAGCUAGAGGAGCAGAAGAGGCUAGAGCUGGAAGAACAAAGGCAACAUGAGACUGAAAAACAGCGUCAAGAGGAAGACGAAAGAAAUCAGCUGGAGGAACAAAAAGAACUCAAGGAACAAAAGAAGGAAGAAAAACAGAGACAAGAGCUAGAAGAGAAAGAACUUCAAGAAGGUGAAAUAAAACUGAAGCAGGAGAAGGAACUUGAGAGCCUCAAGCAACAGAAGAAACAGGAGGAACAAAGGCAGCUCUUGAAGGAGAAAGGAGAAAAGACAGAGGAGGAACAACCCCAGCAAUUACUGGAGAAGAAACAGAAGCGGGAAGAGCAGAGAAAACACAAGCUCACAAAACAAAUGCACUUGGAAAGUACAGAUAUUAUGCAACAAGAUGAACUGAAGCAACAAAAUGAACAAGAAUGGAGCAAGCUGCAAGAGCAGAAGACAGAACCAGAAGGAAAAGAUCUUCAACAAAAGCAACAAGAAAAAUCCUUGGAGCAGCAACAGGACAAGGAUCAGCUGUGUUCCGGAGGGGCUGACAGGCAUCCAGUGGAGGACAAGCUCCAAGAAAGACCAAGACCCCCAAAACUCAAACAGACAGAAAAAGGGAACAAAACAGCAGAAGAAAUCCUAGCCCAGAAGCUGAAGAGAGAAGUUGAUGCUCAGGAACAAAAGCGAAUAGGGGAAGAACUCAGGUGGCAGGAGGUAGACGAAAGACAAACUGCAUCCAGACCCUUCACGUUCCAGGUGUCUUCUGGAGAUAAACAGAUCAUAUUUCAGAAAGUAAAUUUGAGUCCAGUCAUGCCUGUCAAGGGAGCAGGACUCUCUUCCCCUUCCCUCAAAGACUGCAGGGUGCACACCUCCAGCAAGGGCUCCCACACACUGCCCUCAUCUGUGUGUGUGCCCCACACAGCUAUUUUGGUUACUGGAGCGCAGCUGUGUGGCACAGCAGUUAACCUGAACCAGAUAAAGGACACGGCUUGUAAGUCAUUACUGGGCUUAACAGAAGACAGAAAAAACGUGGAUAUUCCUUCACCAGAGAAGGCCCAGGAAAAAAAGACAGGUACCAAACCCGCCAACAGUAAAAUGAAAUAUGCACAAGAGACACUGGACCAAGCCACGCUAGCUGAGUGGGCCUCUAUCCGCUCCAGAAUCCUGAAGAACAAAGAAAACAGCAAAUACAACGAGAAAGACAGAGUAAGCGGCUGCAGGCACAGCGAUGACUGGACGCCCCGAGGGCGAGGUGCUCCCCAUGGUAACUUGAGGAAAACCCUAUCUGCAAAUGCAAAGUUCUCAAUAACACCAGCAUGGCAGAAGUUUUCAGAAGCUUCAAAAGCCAAUUUGGACACUGAGAAUGUGAGUGCAGCGAAAGGCAGUGAAACAGUGGCUGUGGGAAGAACCACUGGCUCAUCUGCUGACCUCACUGGGGAGGUGGCACCCACUUUUAAGGACAGCUUAGCUGAAACGGCUAAAGAGAAACUGGAAACCCGCAGUGAAAUUACAGACAACACGGAAGGCUGUAAAUUUGCAAAAGAUCUUCCAUCUUUCCUCGUUCCAAGCUUUCCUCAUCCUCCGGGUAAAGAAUUACCCCAGUCAGAACCUCCAGGUGCGCUGGAAAAUCAGCAGGGUAACAGCACAAAAAAACCUGAUAAACCAGCACCAAACGGAGAAGAAAACGUUUCUCCUUUUGGGAUAAAGUUACGGAGGACAAACUAUUCCUUACGUUUCCAUUACGAUCAACAGGCAGAGCAAAGGAAGAAGAAAAGAUACAGUGCAGGAGACAGUUUUGAUGGUGUGCCUGACCCUCUGCUUACGACAGAAGGUGAAAAAGAACCCACUGUUUUUGCUCCACAAGAGAGCACGUCCCCUGGCAUGGGAAGAGCCAAUGUCCGUGGGAAUUUAAAAGACUCCAAAGACUCUUCAGUUACCGUGAUAGAGCUUUCACAGCCAGCGGGCACACCACUGCCAGCGCCCAGCCAGGGCGCUUUACCUCCUCACGAGAAACCAGCAUGCAAAUCACUGGCCCCGCAGAAGCCUGCGCUAGCUCCAAAGCCUGCCAGCCAGACGCCGCCGUCAUCUCCUCUCUCGAAAAUGAACCGCUCGAACCUGGCUGAUACGCUAGGGCAGAGGUUUAUUAAAGCUGAAUCGGACGGUAGCUGGAGAAGAGAAGACAGAGCGGUGCCCCCCACGGCACUGAGUGAGAACAAAAAUGAAGAGGAAGAAAUCAGAGAAAAGAAGUCAUUUUUCCCAUCUCUAAGUAUUCCCUGGAGAGAAAAGAAUGACAAAAAGCCUGAGCCAUUGAAGAAAGAAAAACCAGUCCUCCAGAGCAGGCACUCUUUAGAUGGCUCUAAAUUGAUGGAAAAAGUUGAAACUUCACAACCACUUUGGAUUACAUUGGCGCUACAAAAGCAAAAGGGAUUUCGUGAACAGCAAGCUACUAGGGAAGAGAGGAGACAAGCCAGAGAAGCAAAGCAAGCAGAGAAGCUGGCUAAAGAAAAUGCGGCUGUGAGUAAUCAGUCAGAUAACAAAAGCAGCAGCAGCAAAACAAGCACACUGCAGAAAUCUACGCCUCAAGAAGGGGAGAAGAAAAUUGAGUCUGCUGUGUCAAAACUAGAAAGAAGGGAGCAGCUGAAAAAGUCUAAUACCCUUCCAACAUCUGUGACAGUGGAGAUUUCCGAUUCUGUUCCAUCAAACCCGCUGGCAAAAGAAGUGGCCAAGAGAUUCUCCACGCCCGAUGCUAACCCUGUGUCAACAGAACCAGCCUGGCUUGCAUUAGCCAAAAGGAAAGCAAAAGCCUGGAGUGACUGUCCACAGAUCAUAAAGUAA